AUGUGCUGGGGGAUGUCCAAAAGAGCCAUGCAAAACCUCUUCCGUCUCCGUUUAGGAGUUUCGGAUCUGGACACGGGGGGAGGGAGAUCCGAAACCCCUGAACGGAGAAGGGAGAGGGUUUGCACGGCUCUUUGGGACAUUCCUUCCAAACUGGAGCACAAAGCACAUGGAUCGGACCGCGUCUUCAGUCAGACCGCGUCUUCAGUCAGACCACGUCUUCAGUCAGACCGCGUCUUCAGUCAGACCGCGUCUUCAGUCAGACCACGUCUUCAGUCAGACCACGUCUUCAGUCAGACCACGUCUUCAGUCAGACCGCGUCUUCAGUCAGACCGCGUCUUCAGUCAGACCGCGUCUUCAGUCAGACCGCGUCUUCAGUCAGACCACGUCUUCAGUCAGACCGCGUCUUCAGUCAGACCACGUCUUCAGUCAGACCACGUCUUCAGUCAGACCGCGUCUUCAGUCAGACCACGUCUUCAGUCAGACCACGUCUUCAGUCAGACCACGUCUUCAGUCAGACCACGUCUUCAGUCAGACCACGUCUUCAGUCAGACCGCGUCUUCAGUCAGACCGCGUCUUCAGUCAGACCACGUCUUCAGUCAGACCGCGUCUUCAGUCAGACCGCGUCUUCAGUCGGACCACGUCUUCAGUCGGACCACGUCUUCAGUCAGACCACGUCUUCAGUCAGACCGCGUCUUCAGUCAGACCGCGUCUUCAGUCAGACCACGUCUUCAGUCAGACCACGUCUUCAGUCAGACCACGUCUUCAGUCAGACCGCGUCUUCAGUCAGACCGCGUCUUCAGUCAGACCACGUCUUCAGUCAGACCACGUCUUCAGUCAGACCACGUCUUCAGUCAGACCACGUCUUCAGUCAGACCGCGUCUUCAGUCAGACCACGUCUUCAGUCAGACCACGUCUUCAGUCAGACCACGUCUUCAGUCAGACCACGUCUUCAGUCAGACCACGUCUUCAGUCAGACCACGUCUUCAGUCAGACCGCGUCUUCAGUCAGACCGCGUCUUCAGUCAGACCGCGUCUUCAGUCAGACCGCGUCUUCAGUCAGACCACGUCUUCAGUCAGACCACGUCUUCAGUCAGACCGCGUCUUCAGUCAGACCGCGUCUUCAGUCAGACCACGUCUUCAGUCAGACCGCGUCUUCAGUCAGACCACGUCUUCAGUCAGACCACGUCUUCAGUCAGACCGCGUCUUCAGUCAGACCGCGUCUUCAGUCAGACCACGUCUUCAGUCAGACCACGUCUUCAGUCAGACCACGUCUUCAGUCAGACCACGUCUUCAGUCAGACCGCGUCUUCAGUCAGACCACGUCUUCAGUCAGACCGCGUCUUCAGUCAGACCACGUCUUCAGUCAGACCACGUCUUCAGUCAGACCACGUCUUCAGUCAGACCACGUCUUCAGUCAGACCGCGUCUUCAGUCAGACCGCGUCGUCUUCAGUCAGACCGCGUCUUCAGUCAGACCACGUCUUCAGUCAGACCGCGUCUUCAGUCAGACCACGUCUUCAGUCAGACCGCGUCUUCAGUCAGACCACGUCUUCAGUCAGACCACGUCUUCAGUCAGACCACGUCUUCAGUCAGACCACGUCUUCAGUCAGACCACGUCUUCAGUCAGACCACGUCUUCAGUCAGACCACGUCUUCAGUCAGACCACGUCUUCAGUCAGACCACGUCUUCAGUCAGACCACGUCUUCAGUCAGACCGCGUCUUCAGUCAGACCACGUCUUCAGUCAGACCGCGUCUUCAGUCAGACCGCGUCUUCAGUCAGACCACGUCUUCAGUCAGACCACGUCUUCAGUCAGACCACGUCUUCAGUCAGACCACGUCUUCAGUCAGACCACUUCGUCUUCAGUCAGACCGCGUCUUCAGUCAGACCACGUCUUCAGUCAGACCACGUCUUCAGUCAGACCACGUCUUCAGUCAGACCACGUCUUCAGUCAGACCACGUCUUCAGUCAGACCACGUCUUCAGUCAGACCACGUCUUCAGUCAGACCACGUCUUCAGUCAGACCACGUCUUCAGUCAGACCACGUCUUCAGUCAGACCACGUCUUCAGUCAGACCGCGUCUUCAGUCAGACCGCGUCUUCAGUCAGACCGCGUCUUCAGUCAGACCGCGUCUUCAGUCAGACCACGUCUUCAGUCAGACCGCGUCUUCAGUCAGACCGCGUCUUCAGUCAGACCACGUCUUCAGUCAGACCGCGUCUUCAGUCAGACCGCGUCUUCAGUCAGACCACGUCUUCAGUCAGACCACUUCGUCUUCAGUCAGACCACGUCUUCAGUCAGACCACGUCUUCAGUCAGACCACGUCUUCAGUCAGACCACGUCUUCAGUCAGACCACGUCUUCAGUCAGACCGCGUCUUCAGUCAGACCGCGUCGUCUUCAGUCAGACCGCGUCUUCAGUCAGACCACGUCUUCAGUCAGACCACGUCUUCAGUCAGACCACGUCUUCAGUCAGACCACGUCUUCAGUCAGACCACGUCUUCAGUCAGACCACGUCUUCAGUCAGACCACGUCUUCAGUCAGACCGCGUCUUCAGUCAGACCACGUCUUCAGUCAGACCGCGUCUUCAGUCAGACCGCGUCUUCAGUCAGACCGCGUCUUCAGUCAGACCACGUCUUCAGUCAGACCGCGUCUUCAGUCAGACCGCGUCUUCAGUCAGACCGCGUCUUCAGUCAGACCACGUCUUCAGUCAGACCACGUCUUCAGUCAGACCACGUCUUCAGUCAGACCGCGUCUUCAGUCAGACCACGUCUUCAGUCAGACCGCGUCUUCAGUCAGACCACGUCUUCAGUCAGACCACGUCUUCAGUCAGACCACGUCUUCAGUCAGACCACGUCUUCAGUCAGACCACGUCUUCAGUCAGACCACUUCGUCUUCAGUCAGACCGCGUCUUCAGUCAGACCACGUCUUCAGUCAGACCGCGUCUUCAGUCAGACCACGUCUUCAGUCAGACCGCGUCUUCAGUCAGACCACGUCUUCAGUCAGACCGCGUCUUCAGUCAGACCACGUCUUCAGUCAGACCACGUCUUCAGUCAGACCACGUCUUCAGUCAGACCGCGUCUUCAGUCAGACCACGUCUUCAGUCAGACCGCGUCUUCAGUCAGACCGCGUCUUCAGUCAGACCGCGUCUUCAGUCAGACCACGUCUUCAGUCAGACCACGUCUUCAGUCGGACCACGUCUUCAGUCAGACCACGUCUUCAGUCAGACCACGUCUUCAGUCAGACCGCGUCUUCAGUCAGACCACUUCGUCUUCAGUCAGACCACGUCUUCAGUCAGACCACUUCGUCUUCAGUCAGACCGCGUCUUCAGUCAGACCGCGUCUUCAGUCAGACCACGUCUUCAGUCAGACCGCGUCUUCAGUCAGACCACGUCUUCAGUCAGACCACGUCUUCAGUCAGACCACGUCUUCAGUCAGACCGCGUCUUCAGUCAGACCACGUCUUCAGUCAGACCACGUCUUCAGUCAGACCACGUCUUCAGUCAGACCACGUCUUCAGUCAGACCACGUCUUCAGUCAGACCACGUCUUCAGUCAGACCACGUCUUCAGUCAGACCACGUCUUCAGUCAGACCACGUCUUCAGUCAGACCACGUCUUCAGUCAGACCACGUCUUCAGUCAGACCACGUCUUCAGUCGGACCACGUCUUCAGUCAGACCGCGUCUUCAGUCAGACCACGUCUUCAGUCAGACCGCGUCUUCAGUCAGACCGCGUCUUCAGUCAGACCACGUCUUCAGUCAGACCGCGUCUUCAGUCAGACCACGUCUUCAGUCAGACCACGUCUUCAGUCAGACCACGUCUUCAGUCAGACCGCGUCUUCAGUCAGACCGCGUCUUCAGUCAGACCACGUCUUCAGUCAGACCACGUCUUCAGUCAGACCACGUCUUCAGUCAGACCACGUCUUCAGUCAGACCACGUCUUCAGUCAGACCACUUCGUCUUCAGUCAGACCACGUCUUCAGUCAGACCACGUCUUCAGUCAGACCGCGUCUUCAGUCGGACCACGUCUUCAGUCAGACCACGUCUUCAGUCAGACCACGUCUUCAGUCAGACCGCGUCUUCAGUCAGACCGCGUCUUCAGUCAGACCGCGUCUUCAGUCAGACCACGUCUUCAGUCAGACCACGUCUUCAGUCAGACCACGUCUUCAGUCAGACCACGUCUUCAGUCAGACCACGUCGUCUUCAGUCAGACCGCGUCUUCAGUCAGACCGCGUCUUCAGUCAGACCACUCGUCUUCAGUCCGCGUCUUCAGUCGGACCGCGUCUUCAGUCGGACCGCGUCUUCAGUCAGACCACGUCUUCAGUCAGACCACGUCUUCAGUCAGACCACGUCUUCAGUCAGACCGCGUCUUCAGUCAGACCGCGUCUUCAGUCAGACCACGUCUUCAGUCAGACCACGUCUUCAGUCAGACCACGUCUUCAGUCAGACCGCGUCUUCAGUCAGACCACGUCUUCAGUCAGACCGCGUCUUCAGUCAGACCACGUCUUCAGUCAGACCGCGUCUUCAGUCAGACCGCGUCUUCAGUCAGACCGCGUCUUCAGUCAGACCACUUCGUCUUCAGUCAGACCACGUCUUCAGUCAGACCACGUCUUCAGUCAGACCACGUCUUCAGUCAGACCACGUCUUCAGUCAGACCGCGUCGUCUUCAGUCAGACCGCGUCUUCAGUCAGACCACGUCUUCAGUCAGACCACGUCUUCAGUCAGACCACGUCUUCAGUCAGACCACGUCUUCAGUCAGACCGCGUCUUCAGUCGGACCGCGUCUUCAGUCAGACCACGUCGUCUUCAGUCAGACCACGUCUUCAGUCAGACCACGUCUUCAGUCAGACCGCGUCUUCAGUCAGACCACGUCUUCAGUCAGACCGCGUCUUCAGUCAGACCACGUCUUCAGUCAGACCACGUCUUCAGUCAGACCACGUCUUCAGUCAGACCACGUCUUCAGUCAGACCGCGUCUUCAGUCGGACCACGUCGUCAGUCGGACCACGUCUUCAGUCGGACCACGUCUUCAGUCGGACCACGUCUUCAGUCAGACCACGUCUUCAGUCAGACCACGUCUUCAGUCAGACCACUGA